CAGCAGAUAAACUGCGCCACAGCAUCAACAGUCAACCGCCAGCUUUCAGCGUGUAACGAUGUAUCUUGAUAUCGUUACUAGUGACACGAUAAAUAUAGUCAAACUAAUUGCCAAAGAUACAAAAGUUUAUUUUACUUUCAACAAAAUUAUAUCGUGCAUUUUAAUAAAGUAAAAUAAUAGUGAUAUCAAUAUGAUAUACAUAAUUGUUUUGUCGGUGACAGCAGGUGUUCUAGGUUUUUAUUAUUAUUUCUUCAAAGAUUUGAAUUAUUUUAAAAAACAUGGCAUACUGCAUAAGCCACCGCUUCCUAUACUGGGAAAUAUGGGAUCGGCAUGCCUUCGUCUCAAACCGAUAGUCGAGUUCGUUAAAGAUUUUUACAAUCUAUAUCCUGAAGCGAAAUACAUCGGUAUAUAUGAUAUUCCGACUAUUCCAGUUAUAGCAGUGCGCGAUCCCGAGCUUAUUAAAUCCAUUAUGUUAAAACACUUUGAUAUGUUUCCGGAUCAUCGAAACUUUAUAGAUGAAACGCAAGACCCAUUAUUUGGUAAAAAUCUUUUCUCUAUUCGCGGAGAGAGAUGGCGGCAAGUACGAUCUUUAUUGAGUCCAGCUUUCACGUCUAGCAAAAUGAAAAAUAUGUUUAAGUUAAUGUCAGAGUACAGUGCCGAUUUCACUACUUUCCUGGCGCAAUUGCCACCAGAGCAGAGGAUGAUGCAAAUGAAAGAUAUCUUUACUAAGUAUACCAACGACGUGAUCGCUACUUGUGUUUUUGGAAUUAGUAUUAAUUCCAUGAAAAAUCCAAAGAAUGAAUUCUACGUAUACGGCAAAGAAGCGACCACAUUGAGUUCUGUAACCUUCCUAAAAUUCUACAUAUUUAGAAAUUUGCCAUUGCUGGCACGAUUAAUAAAUUUGAAAUUCGUCCGUCAGAAAAUAGCAGACUUCUUCCGAGAUCUUGUGGAAACCACUAUAAAAACUAGGGAUGAAAAUGGUAUUGUUCGACCUGAUAUGUUGCAGUUGAUGAUGGAAAAUAGGAGUAAAGAGGAUAAGGUACAGCUGACUAUCGAAGAUAUGGUAGCACAAGCGUUUGUCUUUUUCUUUAAUGGCUUCGAAAGUACUUCAACGUUAAUGUGUUUCGCUGCUCAUGAAAUCGCUGUAAACCAGGAUAUACAAAAGAAACUUCAAAAUCAAAUCGAUCAGGUCUUGAAGGAGAAUAAUGGACAAGUACUUUACGAAGCUGUUAAUGCUAUGGAAUAUUUAGAUGCUGUGAUCUACGAAACCCUCCGAAUGUAUCCAAUUGUUGCGGUAAUAGACAGAUCAUGCGCAAAAGAUUUCGAGUUACCGCCAGCAUUACCAGGAAAAAAAUCUUUUACUAUAAAAAAAGGACGCGGGAUAUGGAUACCAGCUUAUGCACUUCAUCAUGAUGCUAAAUAUUUUGAAGAACCGGAAAAGUUUGAUCCCGAGCGGUUUCUCGGUGAGAAAAGAAAACAUAUUUUCAACUGCGGAGCGUAUCUUCCUUUUGGCCUUGGUCCCAGAAUGUGCAUAGGUAACAGAUUUGCAUUGUUGGAAACAAAGGUUUUACUUUUUCAUCUAUUAGCCCGUUGCGAUUUGAAAAUCUGUGAAAAAACACCGAUACCGCUCAAGCUUGCUAAAGGCUUUAACAUGAAGCCUGAAGGUGGUUUCUGGCUGAAUGUGGAACCGAGAAAAAAUAUAGAUUAUAUCCUUGCAGCUAAUUUAAACAAUGGAACACUUAGAUGUAAGUGAGAAAACAAUAAAAUCAGGAUGAAACAGGUUUUUAUAUUACUGCAAGUUUAACAACUAAGAAUAUCAUUGCAUCAGUAAUAUGUUGCCGAAUGGUAUCAUUUUAUCUCUUAUAUCUUUCCAAAAAAACAGUAAAAGGGAAGAGCCUCACAAAGAUUGACAGAUUAAAUUUUAUUUCUUUUUUUGUACCGUUCUGUUCACUUCUGAAAUAUAGAUUUUUUUUUAUAUUGAUAGUACAAUUAUUAUUAAGCAUAAUAAUCUUAUGUUAUAAUUUUUGAGAGUGAUCAUUUGAUAUUUUUGUAAAAAAUGUUUUCAUAACUAUUACGUUGAAUGAAGAUUUAUGGAAUAAAGAUUCAAGAGCUUUUAAAAAAUUA